CAAAUGUCACCUGUAACUGUAACAUUGUAAUUCCAUCAACAUAACCUCUGCUUCUUCUUAUUUCCUGAAUUCCAAAAUAUAUAUUUAUCAUGCCUACCUACGAGCUAGCUCUUAUGUUACGUGCGAUGCCUAAACCGGAACUUAAAACUACUCUCAAAAGAAUUUCUCAAGCAAUUUUCGAUCGAGGAGGUAUCAUAAGGAAUAUAGAUAACCUGGGCUUCAGACCUAUGCCUUACAAAACUACUGCUCAUGGUAUAGUUCACAAGGAAGCCAAUUAUUUUGUUUUCAAAAUUGAUACUGCGACCAAAGCAGUCUGGGAUUUGAAAGAAGAAUACAGCAGAGACGUGGAUGUGAUAAGGCGACGAAUUUUUAAGAGUGAAGAAACUUGUGACAACAAUUGCACUUUAGAAGAAGAACUUCUGCCACCGGCAUACAGAGAAGAAGUCCAGAAAAUGAUUGAAGUUGGAAAAACACAAGUAAAUCGAUUCACACAUAAAUUCAAAUACAAUUCUGGCCUUGAUUACUAUCCUUUCCAAAAGUAAAACCUUUUCAGUAAGAAAAACAUUAAGUUUAAUUAUAAUGCAACCGUUAAGAAGUGUGAAUAGUGUAUAAUAUUUUAGGACCUACUUUAGUGAUAAUUAGUUUCAAUAAAUGUGUGUUAAAUUAA